AAACUUGAGUCAUACAUGGCUUUAUGCUGUGAUGAUGCAGAACAAGAUUUCUUCAGAAAAAUAGUUCACUUACAGAAAGUUAUUCAUUUAAGGUUUGUUAUGGAAUCUGACUGCAUUCUAUCUGGUUCAUUUGCUAAUCAUGUUACUUGCCUUUUGAUGAUUCCAAAUCCCGAGAAUAAAUUUGAGAGUACGGGUGGUUUAAGGACUAUAGUCUAUAAACCACCGGUGUUUGACGAGACAGACGAUGCCAAUCUGGAUGAAGUGGAAGCCGUAUUCAAGGAUUAUGAGGAAUAUCAUGUGACAGAGAAAAAUGAGGAGCAGCUUGCUGCCAUGAAUGUCUUUGAGUUGAUUUCAAUGUCAACAGGUCUCAAUCUAGGGAACCUAUUUGAUGUGGAACAGGAGGAUGUCAUGUCUUUGAAAGGUCACGAGUUUGUGGCUCAACAGGCCGAGCCUGUGUCCCAGCCCCCAACCGAAGGUGACAACAACUGGCCCAUCUGUUGGGCCUGA